AUGGAGUAUAAAAAAACGAAGAGGACCAACCAGUACAUUUUUGAAGGGAGCAGACACCAGGCUAAGAGGCAGAAGAUAAACGUGAACGCAGAGUGCAAGGGGAUCCUGAUCUCCACGCUGAGCCCCAAGCGCAUGAACAUAGGCAUAAAAGAAUUUUUGAAUUUCCUAAAGCUCCAUUUUCCCAUUGAGCAAGAUGAAGCUGCGGUGAAGCAGCAGAAGGUAGAGGAGGACAAUCCGAACGGGGAGCAAGCGGAAGGAGAAGGACAAGAAGAAGGAAAAGAAGAAGGAAAAGAAGAAGGAGGCCGCAUGGAAAAACAACUUAAUGAAGAAAUAAAAAAGGAAAACAUAGAGUACAACCGUUUUGCCCCACUUCGAAAUAUAGUAAAAAAUUUCACCUUUAUAAAAUUUAAUAACAUAAAUGAAAAAAACCCAUCAGACAUUGUUCAGCAGAUUUUUGUGUUAGCUCAUAACAAGAAGGAAAAAUAUAUCCUCCGACACUUGUGCAAAAUUAUUCCCCUGGACUGCAUUUGCAAGCCACACUUGUCUCCCUUCAUAAAGGCCAUCCUUCCAGUACUAAAGAAAAAUUUUCCUAAAGGGGCCUGCGCGGAGGAGAGUUUCACCGUGGGCCAUUUGUCCAAGCUGAUGAACGUGUCCACGGAGAAGGGUGCCGAAGGGGAUGACCAGGCGAAGGACGGUGAUAAGGAGCAGGGCGAUAAGGAGGGCGAUAAGAAGGUGGAGGAAAACGGGGCAGAGGAGAACAAGGCUAAGGAAGAGACAACAUCAAGUGAGGACAAACAAGCCGAACGAAAAAAGGUUUCGUGGGCCCUGAUUUACAAAUGCUCGAACACAAAGACUCUCAUGAAAAGAGAUGUCUUAACGGUGCUGGACAACUGCAUAGGAAACAGCUACUCAGUUAAUUUGAGUAACCCUGACUUGGCCGUGGUGGUCUACGUGACAGAGAUCAUGUGCGGAAUUAGCAUCGUCAAAGGAUAUGACAAGACAAGGAAGUUUAACAUCGCGGCGUUCAACGAGGAUUCCUGA